AUGUCCUUGCCUCAGCCUGUUCCCCCGUCCUGGAAGGACCUCGGCAAGUCGUCCAACGACCUCUUGGGCAAAGACUUCCCCACCAGCGGUGUCCAGCUCGAGGUGAAGACCGCGACCCCUUCCAACACCACUUUUAAGGUCGCCGGUCUCCGUGACAACAAGUCCGGCGGCAUCAACGGUGAUAUCGAGGCCAAGUACACCGACAAGAAGAACGGACUUGUGUUCACUCAGGCCUGGACCACCGCCAACGUGCUCCGGUCUCAGGUUGAACUCUCGGACUACAUCACCAAGGGUCUGAAACUCGACCUUGCGACUGCUCUUCUCCCUGACAGUGGCCAGAAGUCCGCGCUUAUCAACGCGACUUACAAGCAGCCCGGCCUGCACUCGCGCGCCUCGCUUGAUCUUUUCAAGGGCCCGACCUUCAUUGCCGACACCGUGCUCGGCCGCGACGGAUUCCUCGUCGGUGCUGAGGCUUCGUACAACGUCACUGAGGGCCGCGUCACGAAGUACGCGACCGCCAUUGGCUACAGCGCACCUGAAUACGCCGUUGCCCUUCACGGUCUCGGCAAUCUCAGCACGUUCGCGGCCUCGUACUACCACCGUGUCUCGCCUGACGUUGAGGCUGGUGCGAAGGCGGUCUACGACACCAAGGCUGCAGGUGCCGUCAGCCUCGAGGUCGGUGCUAAGGCAUACCUUGAUGCCGCCGCCUUCGUUAAGGCAAAGAUCAACAACCACGGUAUCCUUGCCCUUGGCUACACCCAAGCCCUCCGCCCCGGUGUCCGUGCUACCUUCGGAUUAGCUCUUGACACUCAAAAGCUCAACGACGUCACCCCUACCGGCCCCGCGCACAAGGUUGGAGCAAGUAUCACGUUCGAGGGUUGA